GUCUCCCUCCCGCACGCACCCGCGCGCCCGCCCCCUCCCCGAAGACCCCGCGACGCCAAAAAGGAGAGGCCGCCACCCCCACGCCCGCGCGCCCCACGCACUGCUCUCUCCAACCCAGGGCUCUCGCGGCGGCGGCGGAGGAGACCGAGCCCCGCGCCCUGAGCUAGGGUUUUGGCCUCCUGGUGUCCGCCUCCGCCUCCGGCGCGGGUGGGCAUGGAUCUGCCGAGCCUUGCCGUCGUGCUGCGGGCGGCGCUCAGCCACGUCCCCGAGGAGCGCAAGGCCGCAGAGGAGAGCCUCAACCAGUUCCAGUACACUCCACAGCAUUUGGUGAGGUUGUUACAGAUCAUUGUGGAUGGAAGUUGUGAUAUGGCUGUACGCCAGGUUGCAAGCAUUCAUUUCAAGAAUUUUAUUGCAAAGAACUGGUCUCCUAAUGAUCCAGAUGAGUCCCCAAAAGUUUUAGAAAGCGACAAGGCCAUGGUCCGUGAAAAUAUACUUGGUUUUAUUGUUCAAGUGCCCCCUUUGUUAAGAGCCCAGCUUGGAGAAAGUAUCAAAACAAUAAUUCAUUCUGAUUAUCCUGAGCAGUGGCCAAGUCUCCUUCAUUGGGUUACACACAACUUAGAAUUACAAAAUCAAAUUUUUGGUGCUUUAUAUGUGCUAAGGGUUCUUGCUAGGAAAUACGAGUUCAAGUCCGAGGAUGAGAGGAUACCUUUGUAUCACAUUGUAGAGGAGACUUUUCCUCGUCUACUAAGCAUUUUUAGCAAACUGGUUCAGAUUGUCAAUCCGCCAAUUGAAGUAGCUGAUUUAAUCAAGUUGAUAUGUAAAAUAUUUUGGUCGUCAAUUUAUUUGGAGAUACCGAAGCAACUAUUUGAUCCCAAUGUCUUCAAUGCAUGGAUGGUUCUGUUUAUAAACUUGUUGGAAAGGCCAGUUCCUGUUGAAGGUCAACCGAUAGAUCCUGAGAUCAGGAAAUCUUGGGGCUGGUGGAAAGUUAAGAAAUGGACUAUCCAUAUCUUGAACCGCCUCUACACACGAUUCGGUGAUCUGAAGCUUCAGAAGCCAGAAAGUAAAGCUUUUGCUCAAAUGUUUCAAAAGACCUAUGCAGGAAAAAUAUUGGCAUGUCACAUGCAGCUGCUGAAUGCAAUUCUUACUGGUGACUACUUGCCCGAUAGGGUUAUCAAUCUUGUUCUUCAGUAUCUGACUAACAGUGUUACAAAGAACAGUAUGUAUCAGAUGAUGCAGCCUCAGAUUGAUAUACUUCUUUUUGAGAUAAUUUUUCCUCUCAUGUGCUUCAAUGACAAGGACCAAAACUUAUGGGAUGAAGAUCCUCAUGAAUAUGUUCGCAAGGGCUAUGAUAUUAUCGAAGACUUGUACAGUCCCCGAACAGCUGCUAUGGACUUUGUUAGUGAAUUGGUUAGAAAGCGAGGGAAAAACAACCUCCAAAAGUUCAUCCAUUUCGUUGUGGAUAUAUUCAGGAGGUAUGAUGAGGCACCUGCUGAUCUUAAGCCAUAUCGUCAAAAAGAUGGUGCUCUUCUUGCUAUUGGAACACUGUGCGAUAAACUAAAGCAAACAGAUCCGUAUAAAUCUGAGCUGGAGCGGAUGCUGGUUCAACAUGUCUUUCCUGAAUUCAGCAGUCGAGUUGGACACUUGCGUGCAAAGGCGGCUUGGGUUGCUGGGCAGUAUGCCCAUAUCAACUUUUCAGACCCGAACAAUUUUCGUCAGGCUAUGCACUGUAUAGUCUCUGGAAUGCGUGAUCCUGAUCUUCCUGUGCGGGUUGAUUCGGUCUUUGCACUUCGUUCUUUUGUUGAAGCCUGCAAAGAUUUGGAUGAGAUCCGACCUAUACUUCCUCAACUCCUUGAUGAGUUUUUUAAGCUGAUGAAUGAAGUUGAGAAUGAGGAUCUUGUGUUCACCCUUGAAACCAUCGUCGACAAAUUUGGCGAAGAGAUGGCACCAUAUGCACUAGGACUGUGCCAGAAUUUGGCUGCUGCCUUCUGGAGAUGUAUGGCAAGUUCAGAAGCUGAUGAUGAAGCUGAUGAUUCUGGGGCUUUGGCAGCUGUUGGUUGCUUACGAGCGAUCAGCACAAUCCUUGAGUCCAUUAGCAGUCUUCCACAUCUUUUUAUACAAAUAGAACCUACAUUGUUGCCUAUAAUGCGCAGGAUGUUGACAUCUGAUGGUCAAGAUGUUUAUGAAGAAGUUCUUGAAAUUGUCUCGUAUAUGACAUUUUUCUCCCCUACAAUUUCACUGGACAUGUGGAGCUUGUGGCCAUUGAUGAUGGAGGCACUUAAUGACUGGGCUAUAGAUUUCUUUGAGAAUAUUCUUGUUCCAUUGGACAACUACAUUUCCCGUGGAACAGAUCAUUUCCUUGCAUGCAAAGACCCAGAUUAUCAGCAAAGCCUGUGGAAUGCACUACAAUCUAUUAUGAUGGAUGAAAAUAUGGAAGAUUCUGAUAUUGAACCUGCUCCAAAGCUCAUUGAAGUGCUUUUUCAAAAUUGCAAAGGCAAUGUGGAUCCGUGGGUUGAACACUACCUCAGGAUUACUAUUGAGCGGUUACGUCGAACACAGAAGCCAUACUUGAAAUGCCUCCUUGUACAAGUGAUAGCUAAUGCGCUCUACUACAAUCCAUUGUUGACCCUUGAAACUUUAAAUAAGCUUGGGGUUGCAGCAGAUAUUUUUAACCAUUGGUUUGCUAUGCUGCAACAAGUUAAAAAGAGUGGUGCACGGGUCAAUUUCAAGAGAGAGCAUGAUAAGAAAGUUUGCUGCUUGGGCCUGACCUCGCUUAUUGGACUUCCAGCUGAUAAGAUCCCAGCAGAAGCUUUAGAUCGGAUUUUCAAAGCAACACUUGAGCUGCUUGUUGCUUACAAAGACCAAGUUGCAGAAAAUAAGAAGCAAAAUGAGGAGGAUGCUGAUGACAUGGAUGGCUUUGAUGCUGAUGAAGACGAUGAGGAAGUUGAUUCAGAUAAGGAGAUGGGUCUUGAUGAUGAAGAUGGGGAUGAAGUUAGUAGCCUUGAGCUCCAAAAAUUAGCUGCAGAGGCUAGAGGCUUCCUGCCAGCUGACGAGGAUGAUGACUCAGAUGAUGGUUUCAGUGAUGAUGAGGAGUUACAGUCGCCAAUAGAUGAGGUUGAUCCGUUCAUUUUCUUUGUUGAAACUGUCCAAGGUUUGCAAGCAUCUGAUCCUGCAAGGUUCCAGAACCUUAUGCAGACCUUGGAUUUCCGAUAUCAAGCACUUGCUAGUGGCAUAGCUCAGCAUGCUGAGGAAAGGAAAGUUGAAAUUGAGAAAGAGAAAUUGGAGAAGGCAAAUGCACAGUGACGAUAUACAUGGUUCCUUUGAUUGCUUUGCCAUUUGCCGGUAUAGCAUUGGUGGUUGGUCAAUUUGCUGUGAUUUGCCAAUCGCAGGUAAAUGAAUUUUGGAGCCUUAGCCAACCUUUCAAGGGUGGACAAUUUUUAGGCUUGCAAAAUUUUAUCCUUGCGAGAGAAGCCGAUGAUAGAACCAUCUUGGAAAUCUGUCAUUGGCUGCCAUGGCCUGUUGUUGCAGUCUUGUUUGUGCUAGCGUGACACCCAAAGGUUUCUUCUCUCGAGGACAGUUGCUUGCCAUGCUGUUAGGGCCAUCAAUUUUUUGUGGGGGCUUGUAAGAGCAUUUGUUGGAGAACCCCCUCUGGUGGCGGGGUUGCAUUCUCCGCUCAAGUUAACUGUUGGGUGUAGAUUGUAUAUGGUUUCGGUUGUUUAGGCAUGACAUUGCGGUUCCAUGGUGGGGCUGUGGUAUAUGUUUUCUUUUCCUUUUUGCAGGUGGUCAUCAUAUUUGUUUUUUUAUUUGUUGGAAAUGGCAAAGAGAAAUUCGUUAGUUUGAUCUGCGGCGUAACCUUGAUCGCUAUUAAUGUCUAAGUCUAGUGAAAUUAAGAUUAUAAAUGAGCGUUGGAAUGUAUCCAACGUGGUCUUUCCCAUCUUUUACGCGUGCAUGAACAAGAUCUGAGUGUAGAAAUGAACAUUUGCAUCUAGUGAAUUUUGUUUAUGCACGGAAUCCUGUGCAA